GCCAUCGCCAAUUCGUCGCCGCUGUGACGCAGAAUUUGUGUAAAACCUUGUAAAGUCUGUGUUUUUUCGCGUUCUUAACUUGGCUUAUUGCGGUAAAGAGUGGAUAACAAGUGGCGCUAAACCAGUGUCCACACAAUUUACGCCGAGAGCAGCAAGUAAACAAACGCUGCCGAUGCGCGAGAUGGCGGACCUGGACGCAGUGCACCUGGGACUGGACGAAAACGAGGCGGACAUCGCCGAGGAGCUGCAAGACUUUGAGUUCAACACAAGAAGCGAGGCCUCUGAAUCAAACGCCGGGGACUCCUCGGACUCCGAGCCGAGUAUCAGCUCGGUGAGCACGGCCACAUCAUCGCUGGUGGGCAGUGGCAAACGGAAGAGUAAGAAGGCGGCCAAGGAAAGCCCACAGCCCACGGUUGAGGCGAAGUCUUCCAAGGGCUCGUCCAAAAACAAGGCCAAGAGGGAGCUGACUCCUGAGGAACUUAACGGGGGAAAGAAAAAGAAGCGCACGGCCAGUGAGUCCAAGAAGACGUCCAUUUCAGAGUCCUCCGAGAAAGUCAAGGACAAAUCCCCGCAAACCGAGGAGCGUCAGCCGCCCGCCAAGAAGCCGCGCAGCAAGAAACCCUCCAACGCGAACGAUUCCGGCGGUCACAAGAGCGACGUCAGCGAGGCAGAGGACGAGAAGCCGGCUCUUCCGGCUCUAGAGUCUGACAGCGAGUCCUCCGAUUCGGACUCAGGCACCCAACACAAGCGAAACGGGGGCAACGGAGGUGGCAAUGGCAGGGGUAAACCCAGUUCAAAGAGCUCAACGCCGGAGAAGGAUUCCAAUGGCGGCGGAGGGUCGCAGUCACAUUCACAGAAGGGCUACGACUACAUGACAAAGCUGAACUAUCUGUUUCGGGACACGCGCUUCUUCCUCAUCAAGUCCAACAACAGCGACAACGUCCAGCUGUCCAAGAACAAGAGCGUUUGGGCCACCCUGCCGCAGAACGACGCCAAUCUUAAUCAGGCUUUUAAGGAGGCCAGGAACGUGCUGCUCAUCUUCUCGGUCAACGAGAGCGGUAAAUUUGCAGGCUUUGCCCGAAUGGCGGCUCCCUCCCGGCGGGACAUUCCCCAGGUGGCCUGGGUCCUGCCGCCCAGUAUUUCGCCCAAGGCGCUGGGCGGCGUUAUUGAGCUGGACUGGAUCUGCCGCAAGGAGCUCUCCUUCAACGCCACCCUGCACCUGCACAACACCUGGAACGAGGGCAAGCCGGUCAAGAUCGGUCGCGACGGCCAGGAGAUCGAGCCCAAGAUCGGUGGCGAGCUGUGCAGGCUCUUUCCGGAGGACGAGCAGAUCGAACUGACCCCAAUACUCAAGAAAUCCAAGGAGACGGCCCGCGUGAUGCGGGAGAAAGGCAUCCACGUGAUCUACAAGCCGCCGAGGAGUCUCUCAUCGCGUGGCCACGGCGGAGGAGGCGGUCGUGGCGGCGGCAGGGGUUCAGGCCACGACCAGCUGGGUCCGAUGCGCCACAAACGGAGCUACCACGGCCCGCCGCACCACCGCCCGUACCGUCAUCACCACGGCAUGGGCCUUCCGCCAGGCGGUGGCUUCAAGCGCAGCGGCUCACCCUACCGUCAAAUGGCCAGUGGAGCAGGAGCUCCGCCCGGCGGACCUGGCGACAUGGCCAUGCCGCUGUGGGAGCGCUACAUGUCCUCGGCUGCAGCGGCCGAGGCCUAUGUCGCGGACUACAUGCGCAACAUGCACGGCCAACUGCCGCCGUUGCCCUUCGUUCCUCCGUUCGCCCAGCUGCCGAUGCCAGGAGCUGGCGCGGGAGCUGCGGGGGCCCUGCCCCCGGGAGCAGCGGCCGCCAUGUACGAGCAACUGCCGCCACCGGUGCGGUACUACGACGGACCGGGAGCACCGCCCCUGCCGGACUACCCGCCUCCCCAGCGGCCACCGCCACCGGGCUUUGACAAGGCGCCGAGCUACGAAGAGUUCGCCGCGUGGAAAAACGCCGGCCUGCCCACAGUGCCGCCGCCGGGCUUCCCCGUCUACGGGGGAUCGGCCAACGGCGGCAGCAAUGGGGCUGGCGGGACGGCUGGAGCGCAGGCGUCAUCGGGCGGCGGCAGCAUGGGCGCCGGAGGAGUCGGAGGAUCCGGUGGCGGCAUGGGCGGACCCGGCGGCUAUCGGAAUCGGGACGGCAACAACGGCUCCGCGGGCGCUCGUCGGCGGGAGUAUGGCAAUCGCAGCGGCGGAUCUUCGCGGGAUUCGCGACCGUUUCGCGAGCGUGGUGGCGGCGGCGGCCAGCGAAGCUAUCGGGACAACAGGCGCUAGGGUCGAGAUCGUGCUGCUGGCCCCGCUAGAAUCGGAAAGUGUAAUCCUAAUCCUAUCGCGUGUGAAAUGCAAUGAUAAAUGCUGAAUGCGUUACGGUAUAAGCAAAAAGUUAAUACGAUAAAUCCAAACCGCAAACCGUAGACCUAUGAAAGCCGGCUAUCGUCUAAAGUCGAUACAACUCUCUUUCCCCUUUCUCUCUGUCCCGCUCACCAAAACACCCCCACCACCCACACUAUGAUUUAAACAAACUUACGACUUAAGCAAAUUUCAAAACAACAGAGAUCUUAAUGCUAAUUAAAUAUUUUAAACCACAAAAAAAAAUACAAAAUGAAAGAGAGAAAAUGUGAACUUUAUUUACCCGAAAGCGAAAAUAUAUAAAGAGCGAGAGAAAGAGACUUUAAAGAGACGCCCAACAACAACAACCACAACCAACAACAACACCAUGAACGAACUUAAGUUAACAUGAGAGCAGUGAUCAAUCAGUGAUGUGUGUAUCGUGUGUGCCAAACCCCACAAGUCCCAUUCUCAUCAAACCAUCCCAAGCCCAUAAAGUUCCGAAAACGAGAGUUGGACUCAGCAAAAGCAGCCCCAAAACAAAAAGGGGACCUCUGCCCCACAAAGACCUUCAAGGACCUAAGCGGAGCCCAGCUCCGAGUGGGGACUAUAAGUUAUAAUCACUGCUACCUAACUUCAAAGACGAGGGUCCAGUCGUUUCGAUCCGAUCCAAGCUUCCUUAUACGUAGUAUAAAACUAAUGCAAUCAUUUUUAACACUUACAUGUCUUGCCGACAGAAGACCGUAUGUAUUCCAGAAACAGACACACAUCCGCCUACACUUUGGCCCGGAGACGAAAUCGCUCCGGGUCCCUUUGGCCCCAUAGAAAUCCGAACCGUAGCAAUCCGAACUGUUUGACCCACUGGAUGGUCACCGAUUCCCCAUCGAAUCCACUCAAUGACUGCCACAUUUUCACGCUUUACGAGAGCAUUGACCGCCCGACAAACACCCAAACACAUUCCCGGACGGACCUAGGGAGUUUGCUCUGUUUCUUUGCAGUAUCUGGACCCACCGGAUGGAAAAGUACUAACCACAUUGCGGAAAAGAAAGUGGAGAGAGACAUGCUGAAAGACUGAUGCCUAAUAAAGAAUCCAGCUGGUUACAAAAUUUA